AUGGCCCCAAUCCGCGUCGCCCUCAUCGGCCUCAGUUCAUCUUCCCCCUCCUGGCUCUCCCUCGCCCACCUCUCCUACCUCUUGUCCGCCAGAGGCCAACAGAAAUUCCAAAUCGUCGCUCUCCAAAACUCCUCUCUCUCCGCCGCCGAAGCAGCCAUCAAGAAAUACAAUUUUGAUCCGACCGUCGUCAAAGCCUACGGUAGUCCUGAGGACUUGGCAAAGGAUGAGGAUGUAGACCUGGUGGUCUCGGGCACGCGAGUUGACGUCCACUAUGGGACUUUGAAAGGGGUGUUGGAGGGGUGGAAGACUACUGGGAAGACUGCCGGAAAGGGAGUGUACAGCGAGUGGCCUUUGGCAAGCAAUUUGCAGCAGGUGGAGGAAUUGGUUGCCCUAGCUAAGGAGACGGGCAUAAAGACGGUGGUGGGCACGCAGGGGUGGGCUAGUCCGGUGGUCAAGAAGAUAGGGGAGGUGUUGAAGAGUGGAAGAGUAGGGAAGGUGUUGAGUUCGGAGUUGUGGUUGAGUGGAGUCACGGCGGAGAGGGAGGCGAUGCAAGAGAAGACCGAGUAUUUCACUAAGAGAGAGACGGGUGGGAAUAUGUGGAGUAUUGGAGGUGGGCAUUUAAUCGACCUUCUACAAAAUGCCCUCGGGGAACUAACCAACGUCAAAUCCCACUUUCACACCCAACGCCCCCUCGUGCCCCUCAAGGACAGCGCAACAGGCACCAUCACCCGCACCGUCACCUCCAACACGCCCGACCUGCUCUACGUCGUCGGUUCCCUUCCUGCUUCCGACACCGUCCAGCAGAACGCAUCCCUACACCUCCGUAUGCGCCGCGGCCCGCCCUUCCCUGGCGAACCAGCCUUUGUGUGGACUCUGACCGGAGAAAAGGGCGAGAUCAGAGUGACCAGCAAAGAGUCGGUAGCCAUCAUUUUGGGCGCGGGGGAAGUGGAAAUUGAGAUUCAUGAUUACGAGACGGAUAAAGUGGAGGAGGUGGAGUGGAAGUGGGAGGAGUGGCAGGAGGAGUUGCCAGCGCCAGCAAGGAAUGUGGGGAGUGUUUACGAGGGGGUCUGGGAGGCUUGGGCGGAGGGUCUCUCUACCUCUGAGGAGGGAGGGGAGAAGAGGUAUAAUGAUUGGGAGGUUGCUGGACGGAGGCAUGAGUUGCUUGAGAGGUUGUUGGUUGAUAAUGGGUUUUGA